CACCCUCCGCCCGCCCUGGGGCCUCAUUCUGAGAGAGGCUCGGAGAGAGCGAGCGGGGAGGGAGGGAGGCAGGGAGAGAAAGGGAGAAAGGCAGGCAGCCGGCGGGCGCUGCGUGUGUGUCUGAGUGUGCGAGUGUGAGUGAGUGUGAGUGCCGGGCCCUGCCUCUCCUGGUACUCCCAGCAGAGGGGCCCGGUGGCCUGGGGAGGGCGGGCGGGCUGCUCGGAGGCAGAGGCAGCGAGAGGCGGCGGCGGGGAGAGCUGAGGAGGAGGAGGAGGAGAGAGGAAAGAGCGGAGCAGCCAUUGUUGAGGGAAACCUUGCAAACAAAGAAGGCUCCGGACUCCCCGCGGUCCCCCGCCCCCCAGGCCGGCCCCCUGGCCCCCGGCGCCCAGCCCAGUGGCCAUUGUAACUUUCCCCCGGGGCUGCGGCCGCCGCGGGGCGGGCCGAGGCUGUGCGUGCGAGUCUUUGUGCGGCCGGCGGAGUGGAGCUCCCAGCCCGGCCUGCCUGUCCCACUCGGGACAUGAGCUGCUGAAGUUGUCCCCUCCUCAGCCCUCACCCCUGCCAGGACUCCUCUGGGCUUGCAGUCUCUCUCCGCACCUCUCCUGGCCCCCUCAGUUCUCCCAGGUUGUUCCUCAAAGUCAUUCAAGCUGUACUCCCCGAAGGAGCCCCCAAACGGCAACGCCUUCCCCCCCUUCCAUCCCGGCACCAUGCUGGAUCGGGAUGUAGGCCCGACUCCCAUGUACCCGCCUACAUACCUGGAGCCAGGGAUUGGGAGGCACACACCAUAUGGCAACCAAACUGACUAUAGAAUAUUCGAGCUUAACAAACGGCUUCAGAACUGGACAGAGGAGUGUGACAAUCUCUGGUGGGAUGCAUUCACAACUGAGUUCUUUGAGGACGAUGCCAUGUUGACCAUCACUUUCUGCCUGGAGGAUGGACCAAAGAGAUAUACCAUUGGCCGGACCCUGAUCCCACGCUACUUCCGCAGCAUCUUUGAGGGGGGUGCUACGGAGCUGUACUAUGUUCUUAAGCACCCCAAGGAGGCAUUCCACAGCAACUUUGUGUCCCUCGACUGUGACCAGGGCAGCAUGGUGACCCAGCAUGGCAAGCCCAUGUUCACCCAGGUGUGUGUGGAGGGCCGGUUGUACCUGGAGUUCAUGUUUGACGACAUGAUGCGAAUAAAGACGUGGCACUUCAGCAUCCGGCAGCACCGAGAGCUCAUCCCCCGCAGCAUCCUUGCCAUGCAUGCCCAAGACCCCCAGAUGUUGGAUCAGCUCUCGAAAAACAUCACCCGGUGUGGGCUGUCCAAUUCCACUCUCAACUACCUCCGACUCUGUGUGAUACUUGAGCCCAUGCAAGAGCUCAUGUCCCGCCACAAGACUUACAGCCUCAGCCCCCGUGACUGCCUCAAGACCUGCCUUUUCCAGAAGUGGCAGCGCAUGGUAGCACCUCCCGCGGAGCCCACACGUCAGCAGCCCAGCAAACGGCGGAAACGGAAGAUGUCAGGGGGCAGCACCAUGAGCUCGGGGGGCGGUAACACCAACAACAGCAACAGCAAGAAGAAGAGCCCAGCUAGCACCUUCGCCCUCUCCAGCCAGGUACCUGAUGUGAUGGUGGUGGGGGAGCCCACCCUGAUGGGCGGGGAGUUCGGGGACGAGGACGAGAGGCUCAUCACCCGGCUGGAGAACACCCAGUUUGACGCAGCCAACGGCAUUGACGACGAGGACAGCUUUAACAACUCCCCUGCACUGGGCGCCAACAGCCCCUGGAACAGCAAGCCUCCGUCCAGCCAAGAAAGCAAAUCGGAGAACCCCACGUCACAGGCCUCCCAGUAAAAGGCCCUGCCGUGGCCACCCAGUGCUCUGCCUAUCUGCCCCACCUCUCGCAGCCCCAGGAAGCAGAAGACACAAUGAAGAGACUGAGCAUCUAAAAUGGGCAGCCUCCAUCCACCUGCUUCAAGGAGGAACUGGACUCGCUGGGGGCAGGUGCCAAGAUUUGCCCCAUAGUGGCCCUGGGCUGGGCCUGGCCUCUGCAGAGCCUUUUAGGGGAAGGGGGUACUCAUGUGGAUGCCUACUUGGAACCUGGGCCUCUGAGACAUGUCCUGACCACCCCCCAGGGCAUUUGCCUCCAUCCUCACUCCAGAUUCUGGGUUUCCCAUCCCCCUGACUUUACCCCUUUCAGGCCUGGGGUUCUCUAUACCCAUAGCCCUUAGGGACUUAAAGUUAUGGGGCUUGGUUGAAUGCCCCUUCCCCUAGGCAGCUGGUAAUAGAGGGGUAAAGCUCUGGGCUCCUCUUCCAGCUGCCACUUAUCCCAGCUCCAAGUUUUUAAAAAAAUAAUAUUAUUAAAAAUGUAAGUUAAAAAAAA